CCGAUCAAGGUCGCGGUAAUGGCUUCCUAGGCAAGACUUACUUUGUUUAUGCCGCCGUAUGGACUCCAGUGGCAGCGUUUAGCGGGCUCGCUGUACGUUACAUUACAGAUCUGCACGUUUGCGAAGAAAGCUCGGAAACUGACACCUUCGUGAGCGGGAGUUUCUCGCCGAUGGGGCUGAGUUGUAUGGCUGAAUGAGGCGAUCGCCUGUGGUACAGUAGAAGGAUGAACUCCAUCGCCGGUCGGGAUCUCGCAGUGUCCGCUGGAGCUGUCAGCAGCAACCCCGGAGCAGCAUCCUCCAGAGUCCUGCAUGUGGAACUCACAUCGCAACAGAGGCGUUUACGUCACUUGCGGAGCAUAGCAGCCCGCAACAUUGUGAACAAGAAUGGCUCUCCUCUGCUUGACACUUACUUCACCCUUCACCUCUGCCAGGAGGAUCGGAUAUCACGAGAUUUUUAUAAGAGUGAAGUCAUCCGAGACUCAUUGAACCCAACAUGGCGGAGCUUAGAUUUCGCAAUGCUUCCGGAUCUCUUGGACACGUCUGUGUCGUGUUUUGUGGUGAGAAUAUGGGGUGGGAGGGAAGAACAGUACCAACUGCUUAUUGAGUGGAAGGUCAACCUAGAUGGGCUCAGAUACACAGGACAACAGAUUCGCUCCAGAAAUCCAAAUGAGAUCAUCUUUGGACUGAAUGAUGGCUACUAUGCAGCUGAGUUUGAUCAGAAGGAAAGUUCUGACAGGAAGAAGAACAGUUUGCUUCAGGUGGACCAGAGCUCUGUCAGAAACUCCUACAGUGUUUUCUCUUUACUGAGACUGCACACGGCCCAGAGAGCCAUUAAACAGACUCAGGUGACCGUUCAGAAGAUCGGGAAGGAAAUUGAAGAGAAACUGAGGACAACAGCGUCCUGCACAGAAAAGAAAAAAGAGAGAGAGUGUAUGCAGCUACGUAUUGGGAUUCUGAGGUGCGAGUUGGAGAGACAGAGGAAGGCGCUGGCGAGAGAAAUGGACAUGAUGCAGAAAGAGAGAGUGCAGCUUGUAAAGAAAGAGGAGGUGUCGUCUACCAAGCAUCAGGGUCUGGAGUCUGAGCGCAAGUCUUUGACAGAGUUACAGAAGGAAUGCACUGCCAAAAGAGAGCUGUUUCUAAAAUCCAAUGCCCAGCUCACUUUCCGCUGUCGUCAGCUAAUAUCAGAGCUGUCCUACAUUUAUCCCAUUGAUGUGAACAAUCAGAAUGAUUAUGUGAUUUGUGGUGUCAAACUGCCCAAUUCUGAAGACUUUCAAGCAAAGGAUGAUGGGAGUGUUGCGGUGGCUCUGGGUUAUACGGCACACCUGGUGCUGAUGAUAUCAAGCUUCCUGCAGAUUCCGCUCAGGUAUCCAGUCAUCCACAAGGGUUCCCGCUCCUCCAUCAAAGACACCAUCACUGACAAACUCACAGAGAAGGAGAGAGAGUUCCCUCUCUACCCCAGAGGAGAGCGUUUCCAGUUUGAAUAUGGUGUCUAUUUGCUCAACAAAAACAUCGCCCAGUUGAGGUACCAGCAUGGGCUCUCCACCCCAGAUCUGCGUCAGACUUUACCCAACCUGAAGAACUUCCUAGAGCAUGGGCUACUUGUACGAUGUGACAGGCACCAUAUCUCCAUGUCCAUCCCCGUCCCCGUCCCUCUAAAGUCUCAUCUCAGCGUUUCCACCGCAUCCGAAGUGGGCUUUCCGACCCUCUCCAGCUCCCCUGAACAGGACGUCCGGAAGCGGACUGGCUCAGAUGCGGAUAAACACAAAUACCAAACCCCUCCGCCUAGUUACAACAUGGCCAUGACUCAACCUGAUCCCAUGAUGACCCCAGAAGUCCCAUCUGCGCCGUCCACAGAGAUAAUGAGCAUUGAAGUAGGUAAGACUGUGGAUACACAUGAGGUUGGAGAGACUGUGUCCGAGGCACAUACGGAGAAGCCUCUGGAAAUACCUACGGACAUAGCCAGUACAUUACCGUCUGACUCCGUCCCUCAGCACCCAGGAGCCAUGAACGGCUCGGCCAUGCCCAGCGAGGGUAUAGGUUUGGGUGUUGCGGGCGCAGCCGGACUGUGCUGCUCCGUGGAGCAGGCUGAGGAAAUUAUGGGCACUGAAGCCACAGGGCUGGGAUUGGGACUGGGAUUAGGGCUGGGAUUGGGAGGCGGCGCCAGACUGGACGAAUACCCGUGUAUCCCCGUGGAGCAUGCGGUUGCGGUCGAGUGCGAUGAACAGGUUUUGGGAGAAUUCGACGCCGCUGGGAUCGAAGAGGUUUCGCGGCGCAUCUAUGCACUAGAAAACAUGUCAAGCUUCCGACGGCCUCGGAAGAACUCCGAAAAAUGACUGGGAUAUGGGCCUGGAGAAACAGGUCGGAGGGUGACUGGUGUCCAAGUUGGUCAGUGACAUGAGGCUGAGCCUGCGUAAUAUUUCACCCUGACUGCAACAAGUAUAGACAUUACAUAAAGAAAUAUAUAUUAUAAUUAAUAUUGUUAUAAUUAUUAAUAUUAUUAGGAAAAAUCUGGAAUAUUGACCAAUUUGCACUUCUCAAAGCAUUUCUAUAAUCCUUUAAAGUGAAAUAAAGAGAAUGUUUGGUUGAAAUGCUUGCUGGACGUCUUUCUGAGUGUAUGAAUGUGCAGUUGUAAUGGGAUAUUUCACCUAAAAAUGAAAAUUGUGUUGUUAUUUACUCUCCCUCGUGUCGACUUUAAUUCUUCUGUGGAAAACGAAAGAAGAUAUUUAGAAGAACUGGUUUGGUCCAUACAAUAAAAGGAUCCAUCCAAUGAUGUUUUGAGGAUGCAACUUUCAGUGAAAAGCACCAUUUGUUUGAUUCAUUUGAUAUUUGAAAGCAAAGAAAUCAUCACAGCCAUAAAUAUUAGUUUUAUAAUUUUACUUUUGUUCUAUAAAGUAAAUUAAUAAUAAUAAUUAUUACAUUUUAAAAUUUUACAUGUCCCUUGUAUUAUUAAAUUAGUUUGGAUUAUUAGUUUAAUUUGUAUAAUUUAUAAAAAAAUAUAUUUAAAUAAAAAUUUAGUAUAUACAGUGAUUAAUAGUAAAAGUUCAAAUGUUAUUACUAUUUAAAUUAUUUAUUAAUGUUGAAUGGGUUUGAUAAAAACAACCAUGUGAAUGAUGUGGCUUAAAACAACUAACAGAUUUUUUUCAUUAAAAAAUCAAUAAAUAAAAUAACUUAAAAUGUUUUUUAAGCUGCUUUUUAUUAUUAUUAUUAUUACUAUUAUUCCUGACUUUCAUUGUAUGGACAAAAAAAAACAAAAAAACAGAGACAAUUUUUUUUUUUUUAAACGCCACUUUUCUUCUUUGUUUUCCAGAGGAAAGAAAGAGACACAUUUUUGGAACGACACAAUGAUGAGAAAUUACACAAUUUUCAUUUCUGGGUGAACUAGUCCUUUAAAUGCCACUCAGUAUUACAGCGGGAGCUCUGGUGUGCCCGGACCAACCUGAGAGCAAAGCCCGAUAUAUACCAGGCUCUGUCCCAGGAAGAACGGCUGGUGGUCAGGGUGGGCAGAAAGGAUGAGGAAUGUCCGUGUACCAAUGACACCCUUUCUUAUGCUGCACACCCGAGUCCUGCUUCCAGAAGAUGAAAAACAUACGCGCACAUUGCGCAAACCCCUUUUACUUUCAAGCCUGACCAUUGCGAGAACUUGUAUUCUCUCUGAUUUAUUCACCCAGAAUUAUAACCCCUGACAGCUGUGCUUCACAGUUUGAUGCUGUGUCAACACUGGAUGCGAGCGGCACGUCACCACAUAACAAAACUCAAUAGCUCCUAUUAUAUGCAACAAAGCUGUCUACACUUGAAGGGUUCAUUACUUCAUAUUGUUGAUUGCCCGAUUCUAUUUUUUGCACCCAGUUCUCUAUUUUUUUUGAGUUUUUGAGUGCUGUACAGCCACUCCAGCUCUAUUUUUCCCAUUUGUAUAAAGUAUUAUUUUAUUUAAUUGAUCAUCAUUUGAUUGCAAUGAAUUUACAUUGAAAUUCAAAUGAAUUCUACCAAUACACUAAGAUCAUCUAAAGUAACUUGCAGUAUACAAAAUGAAAUUUUAUACAAAUGUGAAAACGUGCAAUAUCAGUCACUUCCAGUGUGAACAACAGGCUUGGGAAGGUUUAAGCAAAAUCUUCAGGGUUGCUUGGUCUUUAUUCCUAAAUGAACUUUUUUCUUGAAGGUCCUUUAAUGUCAAUGAACUUUCCCACUGUGUACAGUUAUUCAGAUAUCAGAAAAACCAAAACGCAAAUGAUGUGCACUGCAUACUGUUGAAGAGGAACAGGAUGGCCGUUCCUCUGCAUUCACUGCAGUUCUUUUUUUUCUUCGUUAUGGCACUGCUCUUUAAUGUAAUGUCAUCUAACAACAAUAUUCAUCCACUUUCAGAAGCCAUUUGUACUGUAUGUGCUUUUUUCCCAAGCAGUAUUCAGCACUUAUAUUUUGGAAACUUUUAUUCCAGGCAUACACAAGAGUCGGAUCCUCUUCCAUAAGAAUCACAUCAUGAAUGUAUUAAUCAGUCUUAAGAAAAGACCACAGUGUUGUCAGGAAGGACUAGUAAUGGUUGUCUUCUACAUCAUUUCAUCCUGGCCUGAAACUCUUGUUUGAUUUCCUGUCUAUUGUUGAUUUUCCUUGAAUAACUGUUGAUACAUGUUAUAUUUAAGACAAAUACAAAGAAAUGCAUUUCCAUAAAUUGCUGUGAGACUGUACAUAUACUUUUGUAUGAAGGGUGUUUUAUUAUUAAAGACCACAGUUUAAUGAUAUAAA